AUGAUUGUAUAUAUAUUAGUAUCAUUUUUAGCAGCAGUAAUAAUUCAUUUAAUUUACAGAAAACAAACUGGAUUCCAAUUUAAAAAUAAACAUGUUGUUGUUGUUGGUGGAUCACAAGGUAUUGGUAAAGAAUUAGUAUAUUUAUUAUUAAAGGAACAAUGCUCAACUGUUUCAGUUAUUUCAAGAAAUUUAGCAAAUUUAAGAUCAGUUAUUGAUGAUUGUCCAAAUGAAGUAAGUAAUGCCAAUACACAUUUAAAAAAUAAAUCAUUAAAAAGUAAAAUUGAAAUUUAUUCAUGCGAUAUUACACAAAAAGAUAAAGUUAAAGAAACUAUUAAAUCAAUUAUUGAUAAAGGUACACCAAUUGAUUGUUUAAUAAAUUGUGCAGGAUUUGCAAUUCCAGGUUAUUUUAUCGAACAAGAUGAAGAAAUUUUUGAAAGAACUAUGAAAUUAGAUUACUUUGGUUCAGUUUACACCACAAAAGAAAUUGUACCACAUAUGAUUGAAAAUGGUACAGGUGGUCAUAUCGUUUUUGUAUCAUCUACAUGUGGUUUAGUUGGUGUUCCAGGUUAUAGUACUUAUUGUCCAACUAAAUUUGCUAUUAAAGGUUUUGCAGAAACAUUAAGAUCCGAAUUAAAACCAUACAACAUUACAUUCUCUGUUGUUUAUCCACCAGAUACCGAUACUCCAGGCUACAAACAAGAAAACUUAACCAAACCAGAAGAAACCGUUGCUAUUUCAGGUGGUGGCAAAGCAGUUCCAGCCAUCGAAGUUGCCAAAUGUAUUGUCAGUGGUGUUAAAAAUGGUGAUUAUCAUAUUGCUUAUGAUUUAGCCACCAAACUUUGUGCCAUUUUGUCACCAGGUCUCACUCCAUUCUAUUACUCUUUCUUUGAUAUUUUAUUAGCUCCAGUUUGUAGACUAGUAGGUGUUAUUGCCAUGCAUCAAAACGAUUCAGAAGUUAUGAAGGCUUGGAAAAAAAGACAAAUCAAAUAA